AUGACCUGUGCCCUGCUCUUCAGGCUUCUCCUACUUAUGGCCCUGGUGGCCUCCUCCCAAGGCAAACGCCUUGGCCCCACAUCUCGCUUGCGUUAUUCCAGGUUCCUAGACCCUUCCAAUGUCAUUUUCCUGCGCUGGGACUUUGACCUUGAGGCAGAGAUCAUCACUUUUGAGCUGCAGGUCCGGACAACUGGCUGGGUGGGCCUGGGUGUCACAAAUCGCUACACCAGAGUAGGGAGUGAUCUGGUUGUUGGAGGAGUCCUGCCUGAUGGCAACGUCUAUUUCUCGGAUCAGCACCUGGUGGAUGAAGACACCCUAGAGGAGGACAGGAGCCAGGAUGCUGAGUUGCAGGGGCUGAUGGAAGACGCCGUCUACACCACCAUGCGCUUCUCUAGGCCUUUCCGCUCCUGUGAUCCUCACGACCAAGACAUUACGAGUGACACCAUAAGGUUGUUGGCCACCUAUGGCCUGGAUGACACUCUGAAGCUGGAUCGGGACCGUAUUUUUAUCAAGUCCAUCUUCCUGCUACAAAUAGUCCAUCCUGACGACCUUGAUGUCCCUGAGGAUACCAUCAUCCAUGACUUGGAGCUCACUGAUUUCCUCAUCCCAGAGGAUGACACCACGUAUGCCUGUACCUUCCUCCCUCUCCCCAUCGUUAGCAAGAAGCAUCACAUCUUCAAGUUUGAGCCCAAGCUGCUCGUGUACAAUGAGACGAUGGUGCAUCACAUCCUGGUGUAUGCUUGUGGCAAUGCCAGUGUUCUCCCCACGGGUAUCAGUGACUGCUAUGGAGCUGACCCUGCCUUCUCCCUCUGCUCACAGGUCAUCGUGGGCUGGGCUGUCGGGGGCACAAGUUACCAGUUUCCAGAUGAUGUGGGUGUCUCUAUUGGCACCCCCUUAGACCCACAGUGGAUCCGACUGGAGAUUCAUUACAGCAAUUUUCACAACCUUCCUGGCAUUUAUGACUCCUCGGGCAUCCGAUUAUACUACACCGCACAGCUGCGCAAAUAUGACAUGGGGGUCCUCCAGCUGGGCUUCUUCACCUUCCCCAUCCACUUCAUACCCCCGGGCGCAGAGUCCUUCCUGUCCUACGGGCUGUGUAAGACAGAGAAGUUUGAAGAGAUGAAUGGGGCCCCAGUGCCUGACAUACAGGUAUAUGGCUACCUGCUUCACACGCACCUGGCUGGCCGUGCUCUGCAGGCUGUGCAAUACAGAAAUGGAGCACAACUCCGAACAAUCUGCAAAGAUGACUCUUAUGACUUCAAUCUGCAGGAGACUCGAGAUUUACCUUAUCGAGCAGAGAUCAAACCGGGAGAUGAGUUGCUGGUGGAAUGUCACUACCAGACGCUGGACCGGGACUCCUUGACUUUUGGGGGCCCCAGCACCAUUAAUGAGAUGUGCCUCAUCUUCCUCUUCUACUAUCCCCGAAAUAAUAUCUCCAGCUGCAUGGGGUACCCUGACAUCAUCCACGUGGCCCAUGAGCUUGGGGAGGAAGUAUCAGACCCCAUGGAGGGCAUGAUGGCCAUGAACAAUGUUGAGUGGACCCCAGAGAACAUUAAGAAGGCUGAGAAAGCCUGCAAGGAGGCCCAGCAGAUGGUGAUAAUAAAGACCAUUGAUGAAUUGGUGGAAAACACGACAGGCUGGAUUCCGGACAUCAUCCCAGCUGCUCGGGGACCCUGCUUGGAGUCCUCUGGAGGCAAAGUGGAGCCUCAGGACAAAACCCCUGCAGGCUUCAGGGCUGCACCAGUGGCCCUCUUGGGCUCCAGCACUGCUACCCUGAGGUGCCUCUCUCUGGCUGCCCUCUUGUUUGGGCAGGGGGCUCUUUCUUGGCUUCUUGCCACCCUGCAAGUUGGAGUCUGAUACUGUCUCCUCAUUUCAAAUACUCAGGUAACUCUCUGCUCAGCCUUCUUCUUAUUAUCAAAUAUAGAAAUUCCCCUCUGCUUGGGCUCUCCGA